GGGAACCAGAGCACCUUGGCGAGAAGUGGGCUACUGGAACAAGAAAGAAAUGGCUGAGAUGCGAGAACAAGGCUCUGUUGGAAUGCUACUACUCAAGUAACCCUAGUCAGAGGGGCUACAUGCAAAGAAUGUGCGGUGAAUGGGAACGGAGAAGUCCACAUUCAAGGCUGACGGCGAAGCAACUAGUAGCUCAGUGUUCCAACAUCCACAAACGGCAACUGCUAUCACAACUUGAGAUUGACGAGAUACAACACAAAUGCUACGGCAAGGGGGAGCCAGGACGCCAGGUCAGAGGGGAGGUUUCACCAUCUCCCCAACCGGAAAUUGGGUACGAAGCCCCAAUAAGCACAGAUACGCUGAGCGAGGCAGCGACUGACCUGAAAGAUAAGAUCAUGGCGAGAUUGAACAGGCAACCCCGAACCCCACUACAACGGCUAAGUGAAGUACCAUCAGAAAGUCUCAUGGAAGAUGUGAAUGCAGCAUUGAGAGCGAUCCCUACCACAACAAUCACAGAAACCAAUGAGCUGAUAUAUGCUUCAAAAUCAGUGAUCCUAGAGGUGCUUGGCUAUAAGAGCAACCAUGGGAGCCAUGAGAAACAAUACCCACCAUGGAAACGAAGGUUGGAGGCAAAAAUCAAGGCAGCUCGGAGGGAAGUGAGCCAAAUGACAGAGGCCCAGAGAGGUGCAAUGAAAAGACCGAUGCCCAAGAGGUACAGCCAGAUGCCCGUACCUGAAGCACUCAAAACUGCCAAGCAAAGGCUACAAGCCUUGGCCAGCCGCCUAAAGAGGUACACCAGAGACAACGAAGCCAGACGAAUAAACCGGCUGUUCGCAACACAACCUGCGAAAGUGUACUCUCAAUGGCAGGUUAAUAACAGCAGAGCAGACCCACCAAGGCUGGAAACUGAACAGUACUGGAAAGGGAUAUGGGAGAGGGAGGCAUCACACAACAACGAUGCACAGUGGCUGGUGGAUCUGAGGGAAGAUCACAGCAACCUCCCUGAACAGAUUCCAGUGACUAUCACAGUGGCAGACAUCCAACAAAGAGUCUCAGGUAUGAAAAACUGGACAGCACCUGGCCCUGACUGCCCUACUGGCUAAAGAAGCUCACUGCAAUCCAUGAGCGCCUGGCAGCACAAAUGAACCAGCUGCUAAGGGAUGGGACUCACCCUGAAUGGCUAACCAAAGGGCGAACGAUCCUGAUAAUGAAGGGUCCCUCAAAGGGUACAGUCCCAUCCAACUACCGGCCAAUAACCUGUCUCUCCACAACAUGGAAGCUCAUGUCAGGCAUCAUCGCAGCUAAGAUAAGUGGGCACAUGAGUCAAUACAUGAGCAAAGCACAGAAGGGCAUUGGUAAGGAUACCAGAGGAGCCAAACACCAGCUCCUGGUAGACAGAACAGUCGCCCAAGACUGCAGAGUGCGACACACCAACCUGUGCACAGCCUGGAUCGACUACAAGAAAGCCUAUGAUUCAAUGCCACACACAUAGAUCAAUGCAUGCUUGGAGCUGUACAACAUCAACAGAACUCUAAGGGCUUUCAUUGCAAACUUGAUGAGGUUUUGGAAAACCACCCUGGAAGCCAAUGGGAAGCCAUUUGCCCAAGUAUCCAUCAAAUGUGGCAUAUACCAAGGAGAUGCACUGUCCCCACUGCUGUUCUGCAUAGGUCUGAACCCCCUUAGCCAAAUAAUAAACAAGACUGGCUAUGGAUACCGACUCCGGAACGGGGCCACCAUAAGUCACCUCCUCUACAUGGAUGACAUCCAGCUGUACGCCAAGAGUGAGCGAGACAAAUACCUCCAACGAGUAAGGCAAGUCCUAAGAAGCCAGCUCAAUGGCAAGAACAAAUCCCAGGCAAUAAACAGCUACGCCCUGCCAGUGAUCAGAUACCCUGCGGGAAUAAUAAGGUGGCCAAAGGAAGAGAUACAGACCACAGAUGUUAAGACACGAAAGCUCCUCACCAUGAAUGGAGGGUUCCACCCCAAAUCCAGCACCCUGAGACUGUACGCUAGCCUCAAGGAAGGAGGCCGAGGACUAGUGAGCGUGAGAGCCACUAUCCGGGAUGAAACAUGCAAGAUCCAUAAGUACAUCAAGGAGAAGGCCCCGACAGAUGACGUGCUGAGUGAAUGUCUCAGGCAGUGGAGAACAGAGGAUGAGAUGCUGGAAGAGGGACCAUCAUGGGAGGACAAGCCCUUACACGGGAUGUACCACCGGAACAUAACUGAAGUGGCUGAUCUCAACAAAUCCUACCAAUGGCUUGAAAGGGCUGGGCUGAAGGACAGCACAGAGGCACUCAUCCUGGCCGCACAGGAGCAGGCCCUGAGCACCAGAGCCAUAGAGGCCCAGAUCUACCACACCAGACAAGACCCAAGGUGUAGACUGUGCAAAGAGGCCCCUGAGACGGUCCAGCACAUAACUGCAGGGUGUAAGAUGCUGGCAGGGAAAGCAUACAUGGAACGCCAUAACCAAUUGGCUGGCAUAGUAUACAGGAACAUCUGCGCGGAGUAUGGACUGGAAACCCCAAGGUCAAAGUGGGAAACACCUCCCAAGGUGGUAGACAACGAGCGAGCCAAGAUCCUGUGGGACUUCCAGAUCCAGACUGACAGAAUGGUAAUGGCGAACCAACCAGACAUUGUGGUGGUGGAUAAAGAGCAGAGCAAAGCCGUAGUGGUGGAUGUGGCAAUACCAAGCAAUGGCAACAUCAGGAAAAAGGAACAUGAGAAACUAGAGAAAUACCAAGGGCUCAGAGAAAAACUGGAGAAGGCUUGGAAGGUGAAGGGUGGUGCCUGUGUUGAUCGGAGCACUGGGGGCUGUGACCCCCAAACUGGAGGAGUGGCUACAACAGAUCCCUGGAAAAACAUCCGACAUCUCAGUCCAGAAAAGUGCAGCGCUAGGAACAGCAAGGAUACUGCGCAGAACCCUCAAGCUCCCUGGCCUCUGGUAGAGGACCCGAGCUUGGAAAGUGGAUGAGACCACCCGCGGAGGGUGAGAAUAGAGUGUGUAUAUGGCUGGAGCACAACACAAUGUUCUAUGUCUGACAAUGGUGUGCUUACAUAUAUUCCCAUAAUUGGUCCAUACAACACAGAGCAUCUUAUCACCUUUCUAGAAACUCUCUACAGAGAUCUCAUCCCUGAAGAAGAGAGGGGGUCAGAGUGGAGAUCACCUGUCAAAGUAUGGGAUAGUUUAGGACAAUGUGAGUUUUCAUCACUCCAACAUCAUCAGGCAUCAGGAUGGAAAGUUUUUGAUCACCAGCCACAUAAACAAAUGACCCUCCUGGCUGCCAUUGUUCAGUCUCUUGGUGUAAAAAAAAGUGUAACUUACAUUUUACAGUAAUUGUCAUCCAAACUGUAGCUAUAGUUUACAUCAAAACGUCCCUCCAAAGUACACAGUUAUAUUGACAACAUGACUAAGUAAUUUGACUGUUUUGUUCGUAGACAAUGACAUGAUAUUCUGACGCCACUGACACGUUCAAUGGCAUAAAAACUUAGUUUUGAGAGAUGAACUAAAGAUUUUGAGCAAGUUACAGGCUUUUGCGAGAAAUCCACAGUGCUUUGCUGUUUGUACAAAUUGUUUUGAGAAAUGCACACACCUAUUUGCAAACUUCAACUCUGAUCUGAGAAUUGUACUAAAGCGACUGACAAAAACUGUAAACACAAAUACUUCUAUAUUAUCAACUACUUCCCUUUACAUAGAAGAAGCCAUUGGUAGAAGUCACAGAUGACUUUCAGUGCAGCUACCUACAGUAAGUCUUGAGAAUGGUUCUAACCAGGUCACGUGAAAACACCUGCGUGGGUGAAUGUUGAGCUCGUAGGUGCUGGAAAUAGAAACACAUGAGCCAUAUGUUGCUGACGGUGGGCACAGAGGGACAGAGAGGGACUUUUCUCGUAUUCCACUCUCACAUUCUGAUUGCUAUGAAAUAAUGAGGCGUUGACUCAGUGGAGCUUGUUGUGGCUUUUAGUCAUUAUUAUUCUUAUUAAGAUUUUGCAUCAUAGGGGCCUUUUAAAAAACUGUGGUGUAAUUCAUUGCUGAUCCCGUCCACGUGUUGCACCAGUCAUUUUGUCCAAACCCGUGUGGGAUUUCAUAUUUUGUCUCCAUAAAUAUUUUUUUCUGGCCUUGUCUGCGAGGCUCGUCAGAGAUUCUGCUGAAGAGCUGACAAAUGAAGUUUCAUCAGCGCUGGCAGCCCAGUCAGAUUUCUCUGCAGUCUGACACUCUCUGGCUAUUGCAUAAAUCAUUCUCACCUUCAUUAGAGGUGGUAAACAUUGGCAAGGUGCUAAUUAAAAGAGCAUCACUACAGCAACAAACCGGGCUCACGUUCGCUUCGAGCUGACAUCUCGCUCACUCGUGACCAAAUACUACAUCAGCUAAUUAUUUUCAGCUGCUCCAUAUUUUUGAACAGAGUUGCUGCCAGAGGACGGUUUCGGCCGCUCCGGGUCCCUGACGCUGGAAACCUGCCUCGUCUUUCAUCGCUUAUGUCUGACCUGUUCAUCUUAGCGCUGAAGUCCUGGCUUCCUGAUCCAUCACGGUUCACGGUAAAGGCCAUCUCUGCCCUCUGGCACUGCUCUUUCAUCUGCGUUUUCCCCUUCUCAUCCCCCCCCUUUCUAUCAUGCUCCACCUUGCUUUCAUCUCGGCUCUGAUCCAAACCCCUCCCUCAAGGUUGGAAGGAGUCAGACCUGGAGUAGUGAGGAGAUGGUCGAGUGGGUUGGAACAGAUAAUGAUGCUCUUAUGGUGGACUGACUUUUUUAGUUGAAGUGCAUUUUUGGCCAUUAAUAAGAAAAACAAUUGUUUUGUUUAACACACUUUGAGUUGUCUGUGUUAUGCAGCUUUCAGGAGACUUGAAGUUGGAUGAUGUCAUCUACAAGAGACCCGGAGGCUGGAGGCCACGCGUACUGUAUGUAUCUGAGCAGAAGCAUUUAAAAGAUGACUUCUUAUGAAAAAGUGUUGACGAAGGAAGAGCUAUCUGAGUCUUAAAAGUCAAACACGUGCCACUGAAACCAAACUAAAUCCAACAUGUUUUGGAUUUCAUACCAACAGAGAUGUUGUUUAGAUAUUUACCAUUGCCCAGUGUAUGACUUCCUCCUUUCACAUGUUCCCUUUUUUCACCACAGGCUCUGAGCGAUGGACAAAACCUUCGGCCAAAUCCAGAACUACGACUGAGAAACCGCCAAUAUUGCUCUCACAAGGCCUGAUUUCCUCACUGACGCUGUAUCUAACAGAUGUUCCUGCACAUCGAUCAGCUGCUCUGCCGACCUGUUGAACGGUGGGACAGCGCCUCUUUGUUGCGCCGGGAGGGAAAUGGGAUGUGACGUACCUGAACUAUCCGACGGUGCCAAACGUGACGCAAAGUGGGAUCGCGCGUUGACGGCACCCAGGAGAGAAGCGCUUUGACGGAAAGCUCGAUGCGUCGUCGCCAUGGCAACUGGGUCCCACUUGCUCCUGCCUUCAUCCCGUCUACGCCGCGUUGAGUGGCAGCCGGUUUGAUGCGAGUCGCUGCGAGAGAGAGCCUCCCACCUUCCUGGGAAGCCCUGGAAUUAUCUGCCUGUUUCAAUCGAGUCCAGCCAGAUUCGUCCUCUUCUGUGAGGGAUCCUGUCACGGCCCGACCGUUCCCGGUGUCGGGACCCUCGUCCUCUCCUGCAUCUUCAGCGCCCACAAAUCGGAUCCACCUGGGAAUUCUGGGCCCGUGAGGAGGACGUCGGCUACAUGUUGUCUUUUGUAUGGCGAGAUUCCCACCAGAGGGAAAGCCACCUAUGUCAACACACACACACACAGUCACAGGCAUCUGCACCUGAGGAGAGUCAAUAAAUAGAGAGGAAGGGGUUAAAAUGUCACGAGUUCAAACAGUUUGUAAAUGAAAGACACAUGAUACGGUUCAGCACCUACCCACCUCAUCAGGAAAGUAUAAUUAAAGGUUGACUACAGGCCAAAUUAAUAGUUUUAUCAGCGUAUGACACCACACAGGACUCAAACGGGCAUGAUUCACUUCUAGCAUGCAGUGAUUUGCCAAAGCACAGAUUUUCCUUCCACUCAGAAGAAAAUGACUAACGGUGCUCCACUCCAGCGAGGCUGCAGAAAGUAGGACUCUGAUUAUUCCCUCUGCCUCCCGAAUCCUCUCCCUCUCUGUGACCGCUCCCCUCAAAGGCUCCGUCUGGGUCUCUGGCGCCCAUCGCGGACCCACGGGGGUCUAUGUGUUCGCGCUAGAUCCGCCUCUCCCUGCUUGACCUCCCUCGUCCACGCCCGCCUUCCCGAGCCUUAAUCCCGAUCAAGCGUGUCUAGACCUCUCAUUACCAGCACAUAAUCAGAGAAGCGGGGAAAAGGCGAUGGGGCCGUGGGGAUCGUAGGCACGAGGCGGUGGGAGGAGAGGAGAGGAUGCGGAGAAAGUGACCCUGACAGUGACCUGCGCAUUCAUUCUGCUGACAGACUGUACAGACGGUCAAUACGCAGCACGGAUGAGGGCUGGAGGGGAGGCAGGGGAGGUGGUGGAGACCAGAUGUAAACAGGGGAUUAAUGGGUCAGAGUAUCCUCAACAACAUGUAUGUUGAAAGUCUCCAAAAUGGAGCCAAGGUCGAGGUUCAAAUGUGAAGUCAGUGAUGAAAUGAUCAAAUAGGAUGGACACACUGAUAGAAAAUUAAAACAUGCAAAUAGCAUUGAUGUGACUGGAUUUGCCAGCAUCAGAUCCAUCCCAUUACCUCACAUCAGUCUGCUAAGCCACGGCUCCAGUCAAGCAGCUGAGUGCGACAUGCUGAGAUUACGGAGCAUGAGUAGAUGUGAUGAAGGGCUGAACGCAUCAGCUAAUGGCACGGCGAGCGUCACGGGCCCGGCCACGAGUGGGAGCGGCCUCGCGGAGCCGUGAGACGACACGGAGGACGCAGAGUUUGGGUGAACGCGUGAACGCGUGAAUGCGAGGCUUCGACCUGGACGCGUGCGGUGGUGUGACACCUCACACAACGCAGAGCAUGAAGACUCAGCUGAGACACACACACACACACACACACACACACCCCACACACACAAUCAAAAUGAAUGCCGUGAGUCUGCACCUGCAUGUGCCCCCACCCCCCUCCUGCUAACAACACUGUGCAUGCCCUAUAAAUACACAGGAAGCCGUGCUAGUACGACUAGAAGGCUGUGUCACUAUGUUUCUGAAACAUUCAUGUGCCGAUGCAUUUGGCCUCAUCCUUGACUCUCGCCCGCUCCCUCUCUCUCUCUCUCU